CCCCUAAAUAUCAGACUGGAGCUACGGGCUGAAAGGAGCGCGACGCAACACUGACAGCUGCGACUCUCACUACAGCGAGGAGGAAAGAUGGAGCACAGAGACAUGGACUUCAACAUACUGUUAGCGACCGAUUCAUACAAGGUCACGCAUUACAAACAGUACCCACCCAACACGAGCAAAAUGUACUCCUACUUCGAGUGCCGCGAGAAGAGGACAGAUCCGACCAAAAGCAGAAAAGUUAAAUAUGACCAAACCGUCUUUUACGGCCUACAGUACAUCCUCCACAAAUACCUAAAAGGAAAAGUUGUGACUCCAGAGAAGAUUCAGGAGGCGAAGGAGGUAUACAGAGAACACUUCCAGGAUGAUGUUUUUAAUGAGAAAGGCUGGAACUACAUUUUGGAGAAAUACGACGGACACCUGCCGAUUGAAAUCAAGGCUGUGCCAGAAGGAAGCGUCAUUCCUCGAGGCAACGUGUUGUUCACGGUGGAGAACACAGACCCUGAAUGCUACUGGCUCACCAACUGGGUGGAGACUCUCCUGGUUCAGAUCUGGUACCCCAUCACGGUGGCAACCAACUCCAGAGAGCAAAAAAAGAUCCUUGCCAAGUACCUCCUGGAGACUUCUGGGAGCUUGGAGGGUCUGGAGUAUAAACUACAUGACUUUGGCUACAGGGGUGUGUCCUCACAAGAGACCGCUGGCAUUGGAGCCUCUGCACAUUUGGUUAACUUCAAGGGUACAGAUACAGUCGCCGGGAUUGGAGUCAUUAAGAAGUACUACGGCACCAAGGACCCAGUUCCAGGCUUCUCAGUACCUGCUGCCGAGCACAGCACCAUCACAGCAUGGGGGAAGGACCAUGAAAAGGAUGCCUUUGAGCACAUUGUGAAGCAGUUUCCUAACGUGCCCGUGUCCAUAGUCAGCGAUAGCUAUGACAUCUACAACGCCUGCGAAAAGAUUUGGGGAGAAGACCUCCGGGGGCUGAUAGAGACCCGUGGUGCAGAUGCUCCACUGGUGGUUCGGCCAGACUCUGGAAACCCGCUCGAUACAGUUCUAAAGGUUUUAGAGAUACUGGGUAAGAAGUUUCACCCACGGGAGAACUCUGAAGGUUAUAAAGUUCUGCCACCUUACAUCAGAGUCAUACAAGGAGACGGGGUUGAUAUCAACACACUGCAAGAGAUAGUGGAGGGGAUGAAGCAACACAAGUGGUCCAUCGAGAACAUUGCAUUUGGGUCCGGAGGAGCUUUAUUGCAAAAACUGACCAGAGAUCUGCUCAACUGCUCGUUCAAAUGCAGCUAUGUGGUCACUAAUGGACUGGGGGUGAAUGUGUUCAAGGAUCCAGUAGCAGACCCCAACAAGAGAUCAAAGAAAGGCCGUCUGUCUCUGCACCGGAAACCCAAUGGAGAGUUUGUCACCCUGGAAGAGGGCAAAGGAGACCUGGAGGAGUAUGGCGAGGACCUGUUGCACACGGUUUUUAAGAACGGAAAGAUUGUGAAGAUGUACACAUUUGAUGAAGUCAGAGACAAUGCUAAGCUUAAAGAGAGUGAGCUUGACGAGCUGCUGCACUGAGUGCAGUCUUCCAAAAUCCCCACACACAUCCCUGAAGAACCCCUCUUAAACCUCCACCUUUUUGCCUCCAAUAUCACCAUCAUAUAGGAGGUGUGUGCACUUCCAAAUUCUGAGAACCCCUAAAAAAAUUCACACAUCCAUAAUCCACGGUAAAUCCCCCCCCAAAUUGUUACAAGAACGAAAAUUAAGUACGUGUGUAAACAAGUUCGUGUUCGUGCAUCAGGUUGUAUUUCAGAGGGUUGCACUGAUAAACCAGAUAUUUUGCUAAUUGAUUCUGUUCAGAAAACUGAGCUGUGUUCCACUUGUAGGCUUUCAGAUUUCAGCACCUGCACACGCAUCCAACCUCCAAUGGUCAUGACAGAUGGAAACAAAAACAAAGCAAAGCCACACCAUUUAUUGUUGUCCACGUAUUCUGUACAGAACCGCUUCGAAAACAAAUCCAUCUCAAUCAAUGUAUCUUUGUCCUAUAUGUGAAGGAAGGAAGUGACGAUUAUGAUAAAACUGCUGUGCACUGAUAACAUUGAAAGUUAAUUAUUAAUAUUUAUCUUCGGCUUUGUAGCAGAUGACCGUGGAACACUUAAACUGUAAUUACCGGUAUGGGUUGUGAAAUUGUCGAGUUUUCCCACGUUUUUUGCUUUUAAUUGGUAGUUAAGGUUUCAAUUAUAAAAACUCAUUAGUAUUUACUCUGCCAACACAAAUUGUUGAAGAUAUAUAAACAAUCAUCUUCUUGCCAUUAUGUUACCCAGAGUGCAUUUGCAUCAAGAUGGCCAAAGUCCU